AUGAGUGAGGAAACGUGUCUACAAAUGAUACGCUACGUCCAGAUGAACAGAAUGAAUUUUCGGGGACAUUUUCACGCAUACGGACGCUGACCUUCUCGGUCCCUUCUUCUACUGAAAUGGCUCUGAGCGGUAAAACUGCAGUAGUGACUGGAGCUGCGAUGGGAAUAGGAAAAGCCAUAACGGAGAUUCUUCUAAAAAAUGGUGCCAAGGUUGCACUUCUGGAUAAGAAUAAAGCCGCAGGGGAGAGUGUGGUCGAAGCCCUGAGCAAAGAGUAUGAACCAGAUCGAAUGCUGUUCAGGGAAUGCAACAUAAAAUCAGAUGAGGAGUUCAAAGCUGCCUUUCAGAAAGCCGUAGAAACCUUUGGAGGAAUCGACAUCUUGUGCAACAAUGCCGGCAUGUUCGAUGAGUCUGAGUGGGAGAAUAUGGUCUCCACAAACCUCGUGGGCUCUAUUAGGGGAACUUAUUUGGCUCUGGAGCACAUGAACAAAUCAAAGGGAGGUCAAGGAGGGGUCAUCAUCAAUGUUUCAUCCUUGGCAGGUCUUGGACCUUUGCUUACGGGUCCUGUCUACUCAGCUACUAAACACGGGCUGGUCGGAUUCACUCGAUCCAUUGCAGCUGCCUUUGCAGCAUCAGACUAUGGUAUACGGGCCAAUGCUAUCUGCCCAGGUUUUGUUCAAACAAACCUGAUCUCUGAAAUCAAAUCUCAAACGGGCCAAUUUGCCCACCUGGUAGAUGCAAGACUUCAGAUACGAGACAAUCUUGGGGUGUUAACUGCAACCGAGGUAGCAGAGUGCAUCCUUGAGCUGGUAACAGAUGAGACCAAAAAUGGAGAGGCCCUCGUGGUCGUAAAGGACUCAAAAUUUUAUGUGACUUUCCCAACACUGGAUAAGAGCAGUGACAAACCAUAAAAUCAUCAUGUCAGUAUCUGAUAUCAUUCUUUAAGUAUACUUAAAGUUAAAACACACACACACACACACACACACACAC